AUGAUAGCAAGCCAUAUGUUCAAAAAACGUAUUAGUCAGUACACCAUAAAAGAAAUUUCCUCAACUAUAGAUAUCCCAGUUCCAUCAAGUUGGUCACCUCAGCCUUCCGAUCAAGUUGUCAAUGUUGAAAAACUUAAACCAUCAUCCGCUGAAUAUGACGAGAUAAAAAAUUAUUUCAAGGCUUGUAAAGGAGAUCCUGACGAAAUUUAUGAGAUUCAAAGGAUACAAAACCCCGGGCUUUACUGUCGUUACCAGACCUUUAAAAGUUCAAUGCGUGAUGAUGUGAAUGAAAUGCGUCUUUUUCACGGCACUAACCCAAACAACGUUGAAGCAAUAAACUCGAACAACUUUAGCGAAGGCUUUGCUGGCGUAAAUGGAGCAAUUUAUGGAAAUGGAGUAUACUUUGCAAGAGAUGCAUCGUUUUCUCUGGAUUACUCUCGUGAACAGUGUUCUGCUGGAUCACAACCAAAGAUAUACAUCGCCAAAGUUCUUGUUGGAAAGUACACAUUGGGUAAGGAAGGACUAAAGGCACCACCAUCAAGAAAUGAUCCCAGUAAUCCAGGUCUACUUUAUGAUUCUGUUGUCGAUAACCAAAAUAAUCCCACAAUGUUCGUCAUUUUCCAAGAUAACCAGUGCUAUCCUGAGUAUCUUAUAACAUUGAAAAAUAAUGGAGCAAUUCAGCGGCGUAGCUAA